GCCGACUCCAGUCAUCACGCGCUAGACCUUUCACUUACACGCAUCGCUCUGAAAAAAAACAAAAAACAUUUUUCUCACGCACGCAUCCCGCCAAAGCCAACACACCCAUUCACAGAUAACCCCGUGGUCGUACUGGGGAAAAAGGGAAGGAAAAAACAAAUAAAAAGCAAAGGAAAACUUGAAUUGCGUUCAGUCAGAGCGCAACAUCAGACGUCAAUUGAAUUGCGUGUGCCCCCCAUCAAGAAAAGCGCGGCAAAGGAAAUAUUUCACAGGAAACAUUUUUCGAGACGAUUUAUCCGAUGGUGUUUUGUUUUGUGAUCGUCAUGAAUUGAACGGACUGGAACAGAAAAGCGGGUGUAGUGAAAUCCUUGUUACGCAGAAGGGGACAAUAACAAUCGUGAACGACAAACAACUCGACUAGAUUUCCUGUGCAUCGCUGACUGGAAAUGACGACACACGUCCAUCGAUCGGGGAGGAUGGCUGGAACGCGUCCAUCUUUUAUUCGAUUCACGUUUCUUUUACUUAGUGAAGAACAUCACGUGAUUGACCAUCAAAUGUUCUUCUAUAGGACAAAGAAACACCGGCCAGUCCAGCUGGCCGUUUUUGCCUUCGUUUGUUGUUUGCUGACUGGACCUUCGUCUGCGUGUGACUAUCAACGCGUCGAUCCCAGUCACACGAUGUGUGUGUAUUCUCCUCGAAAUUGCGGUGGAAAAACACUCAUUCGCGCAAGUGGAAUGAGCUGUCACGAUAAGCAAGUUAUUUUGGAGACUCAUAAUCGGUUGCGGCAAAUGCUAGCCUUGGGUCAAAUACGAGGCCAGCCGCCCUCGCUGGACAUGCGAGAACUUGUCUGGGAUGAAGAACUGGCGGCCAUUGCUCAAAGGUGGGCAGAUCAAUGCAAUGCUGGACACGACCGUCUUAGGAGAAUAGAUAGAUUCAGUGUUGGACAGAACGUAGCAGCCACAUGGACGUUUGAUAAGCCGAGCCCAACUGGCGAAGAACCUGAAUUCAAGCGUCAAAUCGAAGCCUGGUUUAAUGAGGUGACGCAAAUCGGGUUCCGACCGAAAGAUAUCGAUCCAUUUAAUUUCAACCGGCAAGCGGGACAUUAUUCUCAGAUUGCUUGGAGCGAGACGUAUGCUGUCGGUUGCGGUUACAGUUACUUUCGUGAUCCGCAGCGUGGUUAUACCAAACUUUAUGUUUGCAAUUACGGACCUGGAGGGAAUGUUAUCGGUGCCACGAUGUACAGAACAGGUCGGCCUGGUCAGACUAUGUGCAUCAACGAAGGACUGGCAACAUCCAGACGCUAUCCUGGACUUUGUGAGAUGCCACCCUCUUCCACAGGAGUUGAUUAUCGCGAUUUGAUAUGCACCGCUCCGGCAACGACCACCAUCGAUCAAUUACAACUUCAAUUAUCUCCCGUUUCAGCUGCAGUCAAUAAACCACCACCCCUUUCUUCCUCCCCGUUGGCACCAGUCCCGGCACCUCCUCCCGUGCUUCAACCACCGCCCAUCUUUCCGCCUCCUUCUCCUCCGGCGCCCGCACCAACACCGCAACUUGGCGACAUGGUUCUACGUGGCAUGCAAUCUCCACUGGCCGGUUUAGCUAAAUUAUUGGGGCAUGCUCGUGACAACAAUGAUGUUUUGGCUGCCUUUAUCUCUGUAAACAAACAACUGGUGGCACUUGGUGAAAAAGAUAGGCUCAGGCAAGAGUUACAUGAAAGACUGAAAAAUUCUCAAGUCAGAAGUUUGCUGGAGAAUCAGGUUCGUCAGAUAAUACAGCAAAAUGGAGGGGUUAAUAAUGUGAAUCUUGAAACCCUUGUUGAGCAGCUAAGAGGUUCAUUGCCAUCCAUCCAAGAAGCUAGUGGAGCCGUUAUUGAAAGUAUUAUUGAAUUUACAAAAGUACAAGCUAACCAACAAACUUAGUUUCAGGCUUGUCUAUUGCAAUUUUCCAGCCAAACUCACAGUGGCAAACUAGUGCACUUUCAGAUGACUGUUAUUUUGAAUUUGGUACACAGAAAAAAAUUUAACUUUAUUUAAAUAA